ACGGCGCGACGUAAUUAACUACGUUUACGUAGCUACCCCUCGUUGGCAGAAAAAAACAGCGGCAUAAAAAAGUCCCUUUUUUUUUUUUUUUUUUUUUUUUUUUCAUUUUUCAUAACAAGUUUGGUACGAAUUUUUCCCAAAUCGAAUUCGUUAAAUGCGUUUCGAUGAAUAGUCCUUCCUAACUUUGGAGGAACCCCUGACUCCCCUCAAAUACAAAAUGGAAGAAAAAAAUUAUUACGAACAUAUGAGAACCUUGACGCACGCGACAUUUUGUUUCGAGAAUGAAGAUCAUACUUUAGGUAACUGUUUACGUUGCAUUUUGCUGCAAAAGGAGGGAGUAGAAUUCGCGGGGUACACCGUGCCGCAUCCUACGCAAGCGGAAAUUAACCUGAGGAUUCAGACAACGGGCGAACCAGCCAUAAACAUUCUGAAGGAUUCCCUAGAAGACCUGUCCAACAUUUGCGACAUCAUGUUGAACAAGUUUGAUUCCGUUGUGAAACGAGUUUAUUAAUUUAUUUAAAAAUGUUUUGUUGUGCCUUCCCUUAUUUUAUAUGUUUACGUAUUUAGCCCAUUAAUGGGUACCCCCCUCCACCCCUGUUAUGUUUCAU